UCUUUGCAGCUUUUACAAAAUUUGGGUAAAGUUGAUAGAACAGCAGAUGAAAUAUUUGAUGAUCACUUGAACAAUUUCAAUCGUCAACAACAAAAUGCCAAUAGAUUACAAAAAGAAUUCAAUAAUUACAUUAGAUGUAUACGAGCUGCUCAAGCUGCUUCUAAGAGCUUAAUGGAGGCCGUUUGCGAAAUUUAUGAACCUCAAUGGACCGGUUACGAUGCCUUACAAGCUCAAGUGUCUGCCUCGGAGUCGCUAUGGCAAGACUUUUCACACAAACUAGCCGAUCAAGUUUUAAUACCAUUGAACACCUAUACCGGACAAUUUCCAGAAAUGAAGAAAAAAGUCGAUAAACGUAAUCGUAAACUGAUUGACUAUGAUGGUCAACGUCAUUCGUUCCAAAAUCUACAGGCUAAUGCCAAUAAACGUAAAGAUGAUGUCAAAUUGACAAAGGGUCGCGAACAAUUGGAGGAAGCUCGUCGCACUUAUGAAUUAAUGAAUACUGAAUUGCAUGACGAGUUGCCCGCUUUAUACGACUCAAGAAUAUUAUUUUUGGUUACUAACUUGCAAACUCUCUUUGCCACAGAGCAAGUUUUUCAUAAUGAAACAUCGAAAAUAUUCUCGGAAUUAGAAGCCAUUGUCGAUAAAUUGGCUACCGAAUCACAACGUGGCUCCAAUACGCUUAGAAAGCAAACAUCGAACGUUCUCAAAGGAACCACAGGUCCCAUACAAACGCCAGUAAAACAAUUGAAUAAUGCCAACAUUACCAAUAGUAAUCAAUACCAAAAUCAAAUAACAGCCAAUGGCACCAGCAACAAUCCACCAUCUCCGAGCUCUUCAGCAUUAGGACAACGACUUGAUCAUGAAGGUUCCCCGACACCACCACCACCGGAUACAACGCAACCCAUUGCCGGAGAAAUAGCGGUAGCGAAAGCAGAUUCAUCGUCACCAGUAAUACACAGCCGUACAAGUACGCCAAGUACAAAAAUGCUGGCAACCGAUACGGUUCUGGGCAACAGCGUAAUAGAAAACGAUGUAGGGGACAACAAUGCAACAACAAACGAUCCCGAAAAGUUGCUUAGUCAAAACGUCAUCUCAUCAUCAACAACAAUAGGAACAAUUGCUAUAUCAAAGGAAGCAUCAAAAGAUGCAGACAUUGUUGCUGCAUCGGUCAGCGCUUCUCCUACCAUCAAUCAUGCCGCCCCAAUUAAUGAACUUAGCGCAACAAUUGCCCUUAAAGAGAAAUCGCCAUCUAAUGGUACAAAAUUGCACAAAGUCAAAAAUGACCUUAAUCUGAGUAAUGUUAAUUCAACGAUGGCAACAACAACAAUAACCACAUUAGCAACAAUAACAGCAACAACAUCAAAAGUCUCAACCGGAACGUCAAAUACAGUGUCUGUAGGAACAACAGCUUCUCUUAGCAGUAUCUCAUCAUUCGAGCUCAAUCUUAACGGUAAUAGCAAUAAACAAACAACAAAUGGCGAGAAUUGUUUAGUUACUACCACAAAUAGCAACAACAACAUGACUAGCACCGCCACCGCCACCGCCACCACCACUACCACCACCACUACCAUCACCAAUAACAACACCACCACUAAUGGCAAUAAAGAUACAGAUGCCAAUGCCAUUACCACGACAAGCACCACCAUAGAUGAUUCGAAUAAACAACAGCAACAAUUAGGUAAAAAAUUAUAGAAAUAUACUUAAAAU